AUGAAUACUGUGAAAUCCUUUUGGCUAGGAUGGGGUUCCCUGUGUGUGGCUGGUGGCGGCGCAUACUACUUUGCCAAGAGGAGCAUCAACGCCGAUAGACAGGCCAAGAUGGAGGAGACCCGUCGCAGGAAGCAGAUGAUGCAGUCUCUCGAGUACAGCGACAACAUCCCGAGCGGCCCCUCGUCCGCAUCCGCCAUUGGUAGCAGCAACGGAAGCCCACCCCGGACAGAUCCAGCAGGGUCUCCCAGCCAAGAGGCAUCCUCGGAUCCAGCGCCAACACGGCAUGCACCGUCGACAGAAAAAGAGAGGGUCUUUGAGAAGAGCAAGUACGAGAGCAGCACGCCGUUCCGAAGCCCCAAAGGCGAUCGCUUCUCCUAG